AUGCUAAAGGGGAAACUAUCGUUUUUCGGAGGCGGAAAUUCUCGUUCGGUGGAUAACAAUUCGUCAAAGAAUGAAGAGCUUCUUCCUACAUUGAAGCUUGAAACUGAUAAACAAGUUUAUAGACCCGGUGAUCCAGUUAUUAUCACUAUUCAGAUCUCGAAUCCUUCAAAUGCCUACUCUUUUUUGAUGGAAAGACUCAGUUUUGAAAUCAGAGGCAUUGAGAAAUUGGAUACUCAAUGGUUUGUUACACAAAAGGCUUUACCUGGUUCAAGGCAAAAAAGAGGUGAACAUGUUUUUGUAGAUUCCUCAACACCAAUCCUAGUAGCAAACCAGAUUAUUAAUGCCGGUGCAAGCAAAUCAUAUGUUGUGAGAACAAUGCUGCCUAGUGUUAUUCCACCAUCAUACAAGGGUUCAAACAUUCGCUAUUUGUACUAUGUUAAAAGUACAAUAACUGGAGGGUGGUUAAUUCUGGAAAAUGGGCAGUCUCGCACAGAGCCCACAAAAGAUGUUACCGAUUUGGAAGUUCGUAUUCCAUUACAAAUAUGGGUAAACCAGAAAAGCAAUGGCUUUCCAAAGGAUGAUGAUAUUGUUCCCUUAACUACUGUACAACUGGAUAUAUUUUGGAAAGAGAUGGACGGAGAUGCUGAUUGGGUUAGAGCAAAUGAUAUUGAUGAUGGUGUUGAUGAGGAUUAUGACAGCUCAAGGGAUGAUAUAUCUUCUGUUUCUUCAUAUAAUCCCACGAAAGAAAAUAUGUACAGAGGCUAUGGAAGUUCUCUAUCAUUGCAAUCUUCUUCUGCAAGAUCAUUGAACAGGGAUGCUUUGGAAGGUCAUCGAACAAGUUUAUCUUCAAAUAUAGCACUUCCCCGGUUGUCUGUUGCUGAAGUAUUAUCUGAUUCUGGUGCUGAUGCCCUAUCAACUCAGAAGUCAUUUGCCAUGGAGCAACAGAAAUUCGGGAAGCAAUUUUCUGCAGAAGAUGACGCAGAAGUCUCCUCUUCACCGGAAGCUGGAGCUGUGGAAUCUUUAUCAUCAGAAGGCUUCAUCAGAGGAAGGUCUUAUAACAUCAGACUUGAUGACCAAAUUUUGCUUAAAUUUUCCCCAAAAAAUUCCGACUCAACUUAUUACUUCAGCGACAUGAUAGGUGGGACUCUAACUUUUUUUCACGAGGAAGGAGCUAGGAGAUGCCUUGAGAUCUCAGUAACAUUGGAAACUUCAGAAACUAUAAAUAGACGCUUCGUCCAUCCUUCUAGAAGGAACUCCCCAACAAUCACGAAGGUUCAGAGUGACCAUCACGAGGUUGUUGCCGAUUUGCUCCAGACAAGUUUCCUUUUUUCUGUCCCCAUGGAUGGUCCAAUGACCUUCUCCACUCCACAUGUAUCUGUACAAUGGGUUCUCCGCUUCGAGUUUUACACAACUCCAAAAUUUGUGGAUUGGACAAAGUACGAGCAUCCGCUUCUGAUUGAAAGAAGGGAAAAAACUGAAUGGGUUCUUCCAAUUACUGUACAUGCUCCACCACCUAGAACUUCUACUUCUGGCUCAAGAAGUGAGAAACUUUUCUCUUUGGAUCCUAUGUGGGUGCAUACUUGA